CUACCUGAGUUUCGGUGAGGCCGGAGGAGGAGGUGCGCCUGAACAAACAUCAACUUUUCAAGAGUUCUCCGACAUAAACUUUCGCCAUAUUCAUGUCAAUUUGUAGUAAACUUUGUUCGAAGGGAAGAAUAUCCUGCAACGGAAACUACGUUUGUUUGUUUUCUGUUUCUUAAAUCUCUCCAGCUGGCCGACAAGGAAAGUCCUCAAACUUCCUGGUUUUCCACAGUGGAAUGUCGCUCACUCCGCGGCGCGUGCGCCUGAAGCCCUGGCUCGUGGCGCAGGUGGACAGCGCGCGAUACCCGGGUCUGGUCUGGAUCGACCGUGAUGUAAUGCGCUUCAAGAUCCCGUGGAAACACGCCACCCGACACACACCCCAGCACGAGGACGAGGACACUAUAUUUAAGGCAUGGGCUGUAGAGACAGGAAAAUUUCAAGAGGGAGUCGAUGAGCCUGAUCCUGCCAAGUGGAAAGCUCAGCUUCGAUGUGCUCUGAACAAAAGCCGUGAAUUUAAGCUGGUCUACGAUGGCACCAAAGAGGUCCCCAUGAAUCCCUUGAAGAUAUAUGACGUGUGUGACAUUCCACCACCCCUUAGUAACCAAGGUUCCCACUCUGCAGCUUCUUCAGACACAGGUUCUUGGACUCCGUAUGAUGAAGAUGGUGGUGAUGAAGAUGUUCCUAAUACACCAGACUCCCUCCCUCCAUACCCAUCCAAUGGCACCAGUCCGUCUCCUCUCACCAUGUGGUCUCCUGUUGGCUCUGAAUCUUCUAUGCAGCCUCAGAGUUGUCCUCCUUCAGUAGAGGUGUGGCCCGAAGAUGAGCCUGCUAAAAUUUGGCCUAAACAGGAGCCUGCAGAUGUGGAAAUGCACCCAACGCCUUUGGCUGACAUGCCCCCUGCUGCUCUACCUGACCCUUCAAUGCAGCCCCCUUCCCUACCUGAUACCUUGUUUGCCUCUCCUGAAACGUGGAUCAGUUCCCUCCCCAUGACUGACCUGGAGGUGCAGUUCCAAUACAGAGGGAAAGAGAUGUGUCCAACAGUCACAGUCAGUAACCCACAUGGCUGCAGAUUGUUCUUUGGAGACCUCGGGCCCAUGGUGAACCAGGAGGAGCUGUUUGGACCUGUGAAUCUGGAACAGUUGCGCUUUCCCACCACAGAGCACAUUACCAAUGACAAGCAGAGGAUCUUCACUAACCGUCUACUGGAUGUGAUGGACAGAGGAUUAAUCCUGGAGGUCAGCGGUCAUGACAUCUAUGCAGUCCGCCUCUGCCAGUGUAAAGUAUACUGGUCUGGACCCUGUGCUCCAGGUACAGCUGAACCAAAUCUGAUAGAGCGUCAGCGGAAGGUCAAACUCUUUUGCCUGGAGUCUUUUCUUAGUGGUGUGAUAGCCCAUCAGCGAGGCCAGACACCCUCCCCUCCUCAGUUUGAAAUCAGCUUGUGUUUUGGGGAGGAGUGGCCUGAUGGACGGCCCCGGGAGAGGAAACUCAUCAUUGUUCAGGUCAUUCCAGUUGUGGCUCGUAUGAUCAGUGAGAUGUUUGCUGGGGACAAUACACGAUCCUUUGACAGUGGCAGCGUUCGUCUGCAGAUUUCUAUCCCAGAUAUCAAAGACAACAUCGUGACUCACCUUAAGCAGCUGUACUGUUUGCUGCAGACCCACCAAGGCCAAGAUGGUUGGCAGCUGCCCCCGGGCUCAGCCGUGAACAUCGCCCAGGCUUUACAGUCUCAGUGAAACGGCCGUCGCACCAAGCUACCAGCUACGUCACGACGCCCCCCCCCCACACACACACUUAUAUAUGUACGUAUAUGUAUGUCAUACUGCUAUCAAGUUACCUACUCUGAGAAGUACAUGAAUAAUCAUAUUUAGAAGUGUACACAUUACAGCAUUUAUCAUUACUUUCAUAUUCUUAGAAUUUAUAUCAAUGUCAAUAUUUCUCUAGUGUGUCUAUACUUCUGUGUAAAGAGCAGCUGACUUCUGCCUUGCAGCAUUUGUGCAGCUACUGUAGGCAGAUGUGGUGACUGCAGGUUCAAAGUUCUACUUAUUGCGGGAACAUUUAAAGUAGUUAAUGAUUGACAGUAAGUGCUUUAUUUAUACAGAGUUGAUCAGUGAGUACCAAACGUUUCUUUAGUUGGUUGUUCGCCACACUAGGUGUAGUGCCCCAACAAUGAUAUAAAAGAUGUUCUGGGAGAAUUGUGUCAAAGGUAACUACAAUCCCACAUAUACAUUAAUAUAUAUAUGACUAUAUUAUCGAGCUACACUCAGCUGUUUCAAAAGUCUUUAUUCUUAAAUGUAAUUUGGUUGUUGUAGAAUUCCUGCAAAUAUGAAAGAACUUACAUUUUAUUCACCUAUGCUCAUUUUGGCCUACAUUUUAAUGUUCCAAUUCUGUUGUAGGAUGUUGUAUGCAUAUCUUUGUUGUAUGUUUUUUUUAAGCCCGCUGAAUUCUGGCAGCAGUAUAACAAAACAGCUAUAUAGAACUGUUUUGUAAUGGAUGUCGGUGCAGAAUAAUGCUUGAUUGUAACCGUAAAUGUUUAGUUAAAUCAAUAAAAGUGUUAAAGAUGACACUAAUUAA